UUGAAAAUGUAAAUAAGUAACAUCAUGCUUGGUCUGAACUCUUACACAGCUGACUGUCAUUUCUUCAUUAUACCAGAUGUGUCACUGUUCACCUCUCUGUUUUAGAUCCUAUCUUUCUGUUCUUCCUCUUUCCUGCUUCAGGUGGCAUCUCAGAUACUAGUGAUGAACUAGGUAAAUCAAAAGGUAGGCCUAAGUCAUUUACAAGGUGUAGCAGAUUCCUGUACAGGUAUGAAUUCUCGAUGCAUCAUUUUCUGGACUGACUGAUUUAAGGGUGAAGUAUAUAGUUUCACAAAUGCACCUCUUGAACAUUGCACCUCCCCCAACUCAAACAUUGCAAACACAGCUUCUGCAGGUGAUUGUAAAGGCUUGCCUCAAGCUGUUUGACUCUGUCUACACUGCACACAUCAAAGUAAACAUUAUAAACCGGUAUAUUUGUCUUCCUGAACGGGUACAUGAUUAAACUCUGGCUGUGCCUGAUAUAACCACGCCCCCAAACUUAUGCUAUUGGUUGAGCUAGAAAUGUGAAAAAAAGUGUAUUUUACACCCCGGAUCAGCGAUUUUUAAUGUGGGACCCCCCUCGAAAUGCGAUUGUGCUAGUUUUAGGCUAGUUUUUGAGUAGCAAUUGGGCAGCUUUUGUUGUGAAAACCUGGCAACCCUGCCUGGCUUCUGUUCCCUUGUUUUGCAUUUUCAGCUGACAUGGUUUUGGUCUUAUUUUUUGUGUUCUUUCUCUGUUUGCAGGGUGGAGUCAUAUGACAGGUGCUGUGGGUUACUGUGAUGAAUUGACUGCUAAGAAGUUCCUUCUUUCCCAGUGUGGUUAUUGCUUGAGCUUGAGGCCUCUUCGGCACCAGGAGUUUUUAAUUUUUUAAUUUGAAUUCAUUCAUGUAUUACCUUAAUAAAUAAUUUGCUCGUAGCCUCUCCAAUUACUGCUCUAAUUUUAUAUUUAAAUUUUUGGUACUAAAAAUGUGUGGAGUGAGAUUUCUAUAGCCAUGACAUUAAAGAAAGCUGCCUAAUGCAGUCAAAGGAACAUCUGCCAGCAGGCAUAUUGGACAAAAGAACAUGUUGUCUUUUUUCCUCUGGACUGAAUUUGCAUAUACAAAGGGCUGGAACGUUCACGUCAUCCCUCUACCUUCCGAGGCUCCAAUGUCACACUCACUUCAACUAGUGAUACAAUUGCAUCGCCAUUAAAGCAGAAGAACAGAAGAACAUUUUUAUUAAUCUGACUGCAUUCAUUUUCUAAAGGGAAAAGUUGUGAAAUGAAGCUUUUCUUUAAUUUGUUCUCCAUGAUCUUGUUUUUCCUCGACAAUGGUAAGACCUUUGUUUGUUAUAAUUUGUUGCACCGGUUUCUGUGAGUUUAUAAUAGGCACUGUAGUGACAGAAAGAUCUGCUUUUGUGUUGACAUUAUGAUUAGGUUAACAACAGCGCCUACCAAGAUCAAAUAAUUUGUAAUUUACACGGGAGGUUACAAAAGUAGGGCUAAAAGAUAUUUGCAGAAAAACAUGGCAGUGUAUUAAUGCGUUGGAAAAUAAUUUUCUUAAGUAUUUUAAUGUGUAAUAUAAUAUAGAGAAAGGGGGUCAAAUUUUGAAACAGGAUGUAUCUGUGAAUUCCACCUAUGUGUUUCACUUCAGGAGGGCAACCAUUGUUUUGUGAUUUAUUUUCUUUCUUUUUUAUUCAUUCAUCCAUCCAUACAUUUUAUAACAUUUAAUCAUUUCUUUAACUUGGGGAGGUGUGACAAAGUGAAGUGACAAAGUGAAGUGAAGUGACAUACGGCCAAGUAUGGUGACCCAUACUCAGAAUUUGUGCUCUGCAUUUAACCCAUCCAACAUGCAUGGGUUAAAUGCCAUCCAGCAGUGAACACACACACACCGUGAACACACACCCAGAGCAGUGGGCAGCCUUGCUCAAGGGCACCUCAGAGGUGGAGAGAGCGCUGGACAGUCACUCCCCCCACCUACCUACAAUCCCUGCCGGCCCGAGACUCAAACUCACAACCUUUGGAUUACGAGUCUGACUCUCUAACCAUUAGGCCACAACUUCCCCAAAGUCAACAAAGGAGUUGAGGAUCCAAAAGCAAGGGCUUAUUCCAUAACAUUACAAUUGUAUUAUUUAGUCAUAUCAUUUAUAAUAAUCAUUUAAACCAUUUAUAUACUCAUUUCAAUGAUUCUUUCAUUGGAUAAGAUUAAAUGAUUGAUUAUUGAUUGAUAUAUUAUUGAAUGUUUCCAUUCCAAGGAUUUUUUUUUUUUUUUUUUUUAACGUCACAGGAUGAUGUUGUGAAUUUUCCACUGCUGUUGUUUGUGGUAAUAACACUUACUGGAUUUAUGCUGGUCAGAUGAAUUUUGAGCUUUGGAACAUACAGUUAAGAUUAUACAUUGUGCCUUAGUCUCCUGCUUCUGCUCUUCACUGGCUUCCCUCAGUCAAAAAUACAGUUUUGGGUACCAGGUAAAACUUGCUGUUAACAGGUUUUGGGUAUUAUACGACUUUGCUGACUAGUUUUCUAUUACCAGACACAAUGGAUAUUUUCUGACAGGAUCUAGUGUCUGGGGUUGGAUCUCAUAUAUCUGGUGUGGAGACACACUCUCACUCUCUACUCAAAAUCUGAUACACUCUUAAAAAUAAAGAACCUUCUUUCGCCAUAAAGAACCAUAUGUGAAACAGAAAGGUUCUGAAGAUGUUAAAGGAGUCACCAGGCUCUCUCACCACCACACAACGAUCCCAAUCACCUGAAUUCUGAACACCCCUCAUUCAAUCAGCACACCCUCAUCAGCCCCAGUAUAUAAGCGCACACCUCAGUUCAGUCUUUGUCUGUCCUUGAUUUGGAUACAGACUCUCUAUCUUACGAUUGCCUGUAUUCCAGCGAACUCACUCCAGCUCUCCUGCGAACGAUCUCCAUUGAGCUAAGAUUAUCACCGUGAAGUUAGUACUGAAGAACGGCUGACGCAAAGGUGUGUGCUUCCCGCUCCUUAUUCACUCUCUUCAAUUGACCUAUUCCUGUUAUAUCAUCAACCCACACUUGGAGUUCUGCUUCCCAUCGCUCCCUAUACCUGUUUGUUGCUCUGCUAUUAACAAAUUACUGGAUUUCACUAACCUCCUUGUCCAGCGUUUGUAUAUAUCCUGACAUAUGGAACCAUUUAGACAAAAAUGUUCUCCUAUGGCAUUGUGGAGCACAUUUAUUUAAUUUUUUAAGUGUAUGUUUUCUCAGCACUAUUGUAUGUUUUACUUGGCUUAUGCUAACUGUUUGUUCUUCAGGUGUGUCUGCUGUUGGAUCAGAUGUAGUCUCAGUGUCUGUGAAGGAGGGAGAUUCAGUCAUUUUUCACACUGGUGUUAAAACAAACCAACAAGAAGAUAUUAAAUGGUAUUUUGAUGACACUCGUAUUGCUCAAAUCAGUGGAGACCUCAGUCAUAAAUGUACAGAUGUUCAGUGUGAAGAUGGUGAUGAGAGAUUCAGAGACAAAUUGAAGCUUGACAGUCAGACUGGAUCUCUGACCAUUAUGAACAUCACAAACUCUGGAGUUUAUGAACUGAAGAUCAUCAGUAGCACCAGCAGCAGUGAAAAAAUCUUCAAUGUUAUUGUCAAUGGUGUUUCCAAUCCUGAAAGAGAUGAAAUACAGACAAAGUCAGUGAAGGAGGGAGAAUAUGUCACUUUAGAAUCUGAAAGAACAAAAAAACAAAAUGAUGAGAUGAUGUGGUAUUUUAAUGAGACUCUCAUCGCUGAAAUCAUUGGAGAUCAGAGUAAGAUCUGUACAGAUGAACAGUGUAAGGAGAGAUUCAGAGACAGACUGAAGCUGGAUCAUCAGACUGGAUCUCUGACCAUCACAGACACCAGAACCACAGACUCUGGACUUUAUAAACUACAGAUUACCAUCAGCGACAGCAGUUUUAGUAUCACCGUAGCGAAGAGAUUCACUGUUACAGUCAUUGAUUCAGGUCUGUCUUCAGCUGCUGUAGCAGGAAUAGUUAUUGUUGUUCUGCUGGUGGCUGCUGCUGCUGUAGCUGCUGGUGUGGUUUACUGUCGCCGCAGGAGCCGUGCAGCAGUACCACAGAGUGAUGAAGAUGUUAAUAACUCGCCACGGAACCCAGAAGACAUUGCUUUGAGUGACACAGAACAUCCUUGAAUCAGACUCAGGCCGAGGCUGGCAAUAAAUCAAUGUAACAUCGUUUAUAAUUUUGAUACUUUCAUUGAAAGGGACUUUAGAGAAUUAGGAAAUUAACAACAUGUUAUUAGCAAUGGAACAGUGAGGGCUAUUUAUUAGAGGUUUAUUAAGGCUGCUAAAGUGAUCCAGACAGGAACAGUGAGACAUUUUCUGUUUCGUGUCUUUGCACUGUAACUGAUUUCAGUUAUUUGGUCUUGCCUGCUUACAUUCACUAAUGACUGACAGAACGGGCCGUGUUUUCACAUUUACCUCACCAAGACCAGGAUUUUCCUCCUCACACACAGUCUUACACUGGAGGACAGUCUGCUCUACUGUUCCUGUAAGUGGUUUUACUGGUAUUGUUGCUGUUUCUGGAAAAGCUUGUAUCAUUACAUUGUUAAUGUUUAUGGUUUAACCAACACUAACCCUUAGUCAUCAACCUUCAUCAGAAAACACUUUCCACUAGCUACAGUGGAACCAAAACCAUCCUUAAUAAGCUUGGAAAUUCAUUGAUUUAUUUUAAAGUUGGUGAAACCCUUUGCUGAGAGUAUUUAUGAUAUUAAGUGCCUGUAACAGGAAGCAUACAUGAUACACGCUGUGUUAAAUGUUGUUACUUAAACUUGAAAAAAAUAUUUGAUGUGCUGUUUGUCAGGAGGAAUAUUACAGAAGAAUUAACACACGUGUAUACUUCAUAAUGAAAGUAAUGUGGCCAAGUAUAUAAUGCAAUUAAAUUAUAGUAAAUAUUCAUAUUUUUUUUGUAGAUAUACUAUAUUUUAUCUUCAUCAUUGAAAUGUGCAAAAAUAAGUUACAGUGAAAUUGCAAUAUUAAGUCUUCUUACUGUAGUUGCAAUCAAAUCAUCUGUGACAUUAUAUAAGGUGCUGAUUUGUUCUUUAAUUUUUAGAUGUCUGGUUUAUUCCAUUAUGAAGUGUGUUCAGCUGUGAUUGUUGAGUGUGGUUGUUGUUGUUUUUUAACUCAAGGAAUUAUUGUAUUUUGCUGAUGUGUUUGUCUUGUAGAAUAUCAUUAUUGUUUGAUGAAGACUAUUGCUUUAACUUAAAUACUCUACUUGGUCAGAUAGCCUUACGCUUACUGUUUCCUUGGUUCUUUCAUUUGGCAUCUCCCUUGUUCCUUUUUUUUGGAUUUGUCUUUUUGUCUGGUGCUCACAAUAAAUAUUUAAAUAAUAACCUUAGUAGAGGUAUAUCAUGAUUUUUAUUUAUGUCAUGUAAAUAUUUUCAGAAAAGUCAUUGAAGUGUCAAAGCUAAUAUGCUAAACUCCUCUCAAAAGCUUAAUUGUACCACAGAUUUUACCAUAAACCAUGAAGUAGACAUAUAUGUCAUUGUUUUCCUAACUCUAGAAACACUUUUUUUUGGAAAUAAA